ACACGCUUAGUUACACUUGACAAUACAGAAAGUCAUUCUCAAAUUCGAAAUCACGAGUGCUUUCGAAAUGACACUUGAAAUCUUUGGACAAACGUGAACGAUGAUCGGUGUCGGUGGGUGUUUGACAACGGUGGUCCACCUGAUUAAGUUCUCUAACACGUGCCACUUAAUGUGCCGAAACGGUCCAAUGGGAAGAGAAAUGGGCCAGAACGGAAAAAUGGUCGGUGAAGCCGCAACACAAGAGGAAUACGUUAAUAGUUUUCGAAGAGGCUCCUUUGGAAUGGCGUUAGGAAAACAAUAUUCCAAUAUUGACGAUGAAAAGCGAUAACUUUUCCCAUUACGUUCCGAAAUAUGGGAAGUUUUUAAAUGAAAUUGGAUCCAAGGAAGACAUCAAGAGGGUAGUUUACACCCGCUUAAGUUGCUGAUCGCCGAUUUUCCUUGAGCACCGGAACAGCGUCGUUGAUAAAGCUGAUAAAUUAAUCGUGUUAUGUGCACAACAUGCAUAAUACAUGCUCAAACUUGACAUGCAAUUCGAGAAAGGGAUCAAUUAGAUUUCCUUAUUCUACUUAGUAUUAGUAUAACUAUAAAGAUAGUUAUAACUGAUCCAAAAUGAAAUAUAAGUAUAAUGUAUCUUUAAAAGAAUUACGUAAUAGUUUGAAAUAUAGAUCAAGAGAAUAUUUGUUGCAGAAUAGUUUACAUGGCAUUCCAUAUUUCGUGGAUACUGCACGACCUAAAUGGGAAAGAUUAAUAUGGUUAUUUUUAUCAAUGACAUCAAUAAUAGCAACUUUUAUUACAAUCGUAAUUAUCUUGAACAAAUUUCAAACGCAACCAACAAUAACCGGAGUAGAUGUAUUAACAGAGCACAUUAAUAUCGAAUUUCCUCAAAUCUUUAUUUGCUUCGACUGGAUUCAUUUGAAUCAUUCGCAUAUACUUGAGAAUGAAAUGUAUGUAUACGAGGAAUUAUACAAUUGGAAUAUUGGAAAAUAUAUUGAUGUGAAAUCAUUUAAUCCAAUUUAUAAAAAUAAAAACAAUUUUCGAAAAAUUUUUAAAGCGAUGGAACUUGAUUGUGAUUCUUUAUUUACUAACUGUGCAUACAGAGGAAUGAAUAGAUCGUGUAAAAAUAUAUUUAUGAAAGUAUUGACUGCAGUGGGUAUAUGUUGUAAAUCUAAAAAUUUAGAGUCACUUAAAUAUAUAGAUAUUAAAUGGAAUCUUGAAUUUAAAAUCCCUAAUUCAAGUUUUCCUUUAAGAUUUUAUCUCAUGGAACAAAAUAAUUCGAGUCCAGAACCAGGUGAAAGAUCUCUUAUAGUAGAUAAAUCUGUAGAUAUAGAAUUUGUUGUUGAUAUAACAUAUACAACUUCUGAUAUUAAAUAUUUAUCUCUUCGACAACGACAAUGUUAUUAUAAGCAAGAGAGUAAAAAUCUUAUUGAUUGCGAAAUUGAUUGCAUAACCGAUAAACUAUUUAAAUAUUGUAAAUGUUUGCCAUGGUUUUUAUCACAUGUCGAUAAGACAGAAUGUCCAAUUUCAAAAUAUCCUUGUUUAAACAAUAUUAAUAUCGAUAAAACCCAAUGUAAUUGUUGGCCCUUUUGUGACCAUACAUCAUAUAGUGUAAAAAGUAUGAAAACAGGUAAAAAUAAAAAUCAAAUUAUGUUAAAAAACUGGCCAACAGCUCUCCAUAAAAGAGAAAUGCGAUUUGGUUAUUUAGAUUUACUUGUAUCAUUCGGUGGUAUUGCAGGUCUUUUUUUAGGAUUUUCUAUUUUUGUAGCUUUAGAAUUUGGAUAUUAUUUUACUCUUAGAACUUAUUGUGGAGCUGUAAUUCGAUUAUCUCGGAAACAAUAUAAUAUUAUGACCAUUUAUGUGGUAGAAAAAUAUCCCAUUCAGAAAGUAAAUACUAAUUCAAAAUAUUAUAUAUAUCUCGACUAAUUCUUUUCAAAAAAU